AUGCCCAAACGAGCAAUAAAUCAGCCCAAGCGGGUGAGCAAAAAACCGCCUCCAGUUGUCGAUCCCAAUCCCAAGCCGAUGCGAGACUGGCAAUUCUCUCGUUUCGGACAACUCCCCACGCAAACAAGACUCCUAAUCUGGCGCGCUGCUCUUCUCCAAGCCACCGUCGAUCGAACUAUUCACGUUGAGGUGCAUCCCCAAUUCCAAGCAACGGCUCACGCCUGUUUCACCAGCACGGGCGACUUUUGUGGCCAACACGGCAGCUGUCCUAGAUUCAUAGAGGGAGUUCCGCACUGGUCAACCUACUGCAUGUCCGAUGGCUAUUUUGCGUCCACGGACCUGGUCUCCGGUCCCGAAGAAUCAGAAUCCUCGCUGGCAAUGGCCGGUCUCAGCCUCGCUUGCCGGGAAUCUCGCACAGUAGUUAUUGAGAUGUACCCGCAAGUUCUUAGAGUGUAUCGAGGCCCGUGGCAUUCGGCCGCCAAAAGUCGCCUGGUGCGCUGCUCUCCAGAGACGGAUAUGCUGGUUAUUUAUGCGGUGCCAGAUAUGAGCCUGAACCACACGUAUUUUCCAUCACUGACUAGCGAAGAGUAUUGGCGGCACACAAACGAAUCUAUGAUGAAAAAAUUUCCCUACAGCGACAAACAGUUCGCCGCGUUCAAAGAGCUGGUUUCUUGCUUCCAGAACGUAGCCAUUUUCUCACGCCUUUUAGGCGGCGGCGAAAUGUUUCCGGUUGUCUCACAGGGCUCGGAGGACUCGCAAGACUCGGAAGAUGGGCGAGAGCGCUAUACGAAUAAAGUUCCUGGCAUUGAUCUCUUCAACAGCGGCGACAUGACGGUACUGCUUCUAUUUUUUACAUCGUUGAAGCACCUUUAUUUCUGGCUUGAUCCAGUCUGCUAUGCCAACGCCUGGGACGAUCCAAUUCGGGUUAGCAACGCCAGGGACCUGAAGCCUGAUGAGGAGCCUGAUGUUAAACAUCUGCAGAACAAUGUCUAUGAAUUCAUCGGCAUGUACAACGAGUACGUGCAAAUUGAGAAGGACCACCGCCCUGUGGCCGACGAAACGCAUUGGGUAUCGCAGCCAAAGCCACUUGAGCGAGUCGGAUGUCUUUGUCCCGCUUCUUGGCUACGAUGA